UCCUCUCUGUCCCCCCCCUCUCUCUCUAAAACCCCUCGCUUUCUCUCUCUAAAAAACUAGGCAUCUUUUUUUUCCUCUGCUUCACUCUUAUUUCUCUCUAUCUCUGAUUCUAGCGCUUUCUCUUAAAUUUCAAUAAGAACAACCCUAGAAUUCAAGAACCCUAAUUUCGAUAAAUUUUGGGUCUUUUUUCUUGCUCAAUUCGCGAGCAAGAAAACAAGGCUGAACAAGUUUCGAUUUUCCUGGAAAAUAAACAAACAUUCUUUCGUAAUGUCGACUCAGAAUCGGCGUUCUUCGAUUUCGUCAUCGUCUUCGUCGGUGGCGAAGAGGCAAGCGUCUUCGUCGGAGAAUCUUGGGAAGGUCAUGGCGGUGCCGCCGCAUAUGGCGAAGAAGAGGGCGGCGCUUGCUAAUGUGACGAAUCAGAGACACGGCGGCUCUCAGAGUGGAUCGCGAGGUUUGGUUUCCGGGUCGUCGAAUAUGGUACCUUGCGCAACUAAAUUUGCCAAUGCCAAGAAGGUAUCGUCUUCUUGCAUUAACAAUAAUGCAGGCUUCUCUGGAAGUACCUUGCCAGCACCCUUGAAUGUGAAACCAAGUGUGGUCGUUUCCAGUAAGAGUACUUCUUUCAUUAAAGGCAAUGAUCUCUCAAGGAUUAUUGCUCCUCCUGCCCCAUGCAGCAUGGAUAUUUCUCCUCCUGAGUCAGAUGGUUCAUUUUCUUUGGAUGAAACUAUGUCUACUUGUGAUUCUUUGAAGAGUCCAGACGUUGAAUAUGUAGACAACAAUGACAUAGUAUCAGUAGAUUCUAUCGAGAGGAAGACAUGUAGCAAACUCUACAUUUCAGAGCACGUGGAGGAACCAGAAAAUAUUUGCAAGAGAGACAUAGUUGUGGGAGUGGUAACAGAUGAUGAGAUUGUUGAUGUUGAUGAUAAUUUCAUGGACCCACAAUUAUGUGCAACCAUGGCUUGUGACAUUUACAAGCACUUGCGAGCAUCUGAGGCAAAGAAAAGGCCUUCCACAGACUUCAUGGAAAGAGUCCAAAAAGACAUUAAUUCCAGCAUGCGUGCAAUUCUUAUUGAUUGGCUUGUUGAGGUUGCUGAAGAAUACAGGCUUGUCCCAGAUACAAUGUAUUUGGCUGUUAACUACAUAGAUCGCUAUCUUUCUGGCAACACAAUGGAUAGGCAACGGUUACAAUUGCUUGGCGUAGCAUGCAUGAUGAUUGCCGCAAAAUAUGAGGAGAUCUGUGCACCCCAGGUUGAAGAGUUCUGCUAUAUAACUGAUAACACAUACUUCAAGGAGGAGGUUUUGCAAAUGGAAUCGGCUGUUCUAAACUACUUGAAGUUUGAAAUGACAGCACCAACAGCUAAAUGUUUUCUGAGGCGAUUUGUUCGUGCUGCUCAAGGGGUCAACGAGGCUCCCUCAAUGCAGCUGGAGUGCUUGGCCAACUACGUCGCAGAGCUAUCCCUUCUAGAAUACAACAUGCUUUGUUAUGCCCCCUCACUUAUUGCUGCUUCAGCAAUUUUCUUGGCCAACUACAUACUCCUUCCUUCGAAGAGACCUUGGAAUUCCACCUUGCGACAUUACACACUUUACCAACCCUCUGAUUUAUCUGAAUGCGUUAAGGCACUGCAUAGCCUUUGCUGUAAUAGCCUCAGUUCUAGUUUACCUGCAAUCAGAGAGAAAUACAGUCAACACAAGUACAAAUUUGUUGCGAAGAAAUACUGCCCGCCUUCAGUACCUGCAGAGUAUUUCCAGAACCUAAGCUGCUAGACAGACAGACAGCCAGUUGUAUAUGACUGUUUCAAUGCUCCAUUGGAUGGACUUCUUCAUCUGCUGCUGUUCCAGUGCUCCCGUUGGAUGGAAAUUCAGACAAUGCUUUUAUGUUGAAAUGUUUCACGCAUGAAUAGGGCCUCUGCUGAUAUCUCAUUGUGCUCUGCUUCAUUGAUCCAGAUGACAAACCUUGUACCAUAUUGUUUUCAGAUUUUCUUACUCACUGUUCAAUGUGUUCAUUUUCCAAUUUUCCAGAAUUUCAUCUCUGUUGCUGUACUUGUUUUAGGCCAUUUGGCUUGAUGUUCCAAUGAAAUCUAAAUGUCUUUAA